AUGAAUCUUUCAGCAUUCAAGCUGUUGGCCCUCCUCUUUGGCUCGACCUUGGCCACCAUACCUACACCGCCAGCUGUCUUAUCAGCACUUCCGCAGUCAACAAUUGAGCCAGAUCUUACUGCAAUAACUGCGGCACAAGCAACCCAACGGGCAAUUUCUCCCGUUUCUGACGUCGGUGGUGAGGUGUUUAGCAGAUUUGUUCAGAUAUGGCUCGAGAAUAUGGAUUACAAAGAAGCUACCAAUGACCCUAAUUUCCGAUGGCUUGCUGCUCAAGGCAUAACACUCACCAAUUAUUGGGGAGUGACACAUCCGUCUCAACCAAAUUAUUGUGCAGUUGUCGGAGGUGACACGUUCGGCAUGGAUGCAGAUGAAUUUCUUCAAAUUCCUGCCAAUAUAUCCACUGUAGUAGAUUUACUCGACACCAAAGGUAUUUCUUGGGGCGAAUACCAAGAAGAUAUACCAUAUGCUGGCUUUGAAGGCUGGAACUUUUCGGCCACAGAUCCAUUCCAACAGGAUUAUGUACGCAAGCAUAACCCACUGGUGAUGUUUGAUUCAGUCACCAGCAACGCUACCAGACUUAGUUUGAUCAAGAGCUUCAAGUUGUUUGAAGAAGAUCUGGCGAACAAGACUCUACCCCAAUGGUCUUUUAUCACACCGAAUAUGACAAAUAAUGGCCAUGAUACUAACGACACAGUCGCCGGAAAUUGGUCUCGCAUGUUCCUUGAACCUUUGCUCGCCAACGACUAUUUUAUGAACGAUACCCUGGUCGUACUCACCUGGGAUGAGAACAACGAAGACGACGAGGAAAAUAAGAUGUUUGCUAUCCUUCUUGGUGGUGCAAUUCCACCUGCUUUUAAGAACACUACCGACAAUACUUUCUACAACCACUAUAGUAUGCUUUCAACCAUAGAGCUUAACUGGGGACUCCCUUCACUUGGUCGCUGGGAUUGUGGUGCAAAUGUCCUUGGGCUUGUUGCAAGCAAAGCGGGAUACGACAACUAUGCGGUCAAUACCACUAAGCUACUUUUCAAUUCGUCCUACCCAGGUCCUCUAUCAUCCGAGAGAUUCGAUCCCGUUUGGCCUUUGCCCGACACGAAAUCAAAUUGCGGUUCAGGUCAGGGUGUAUUGAAAAAGAUCAUUGAUGAAUGGGGCAGAUCUGAUGGCACAUACAAUUAUACCGACUCAUAUCCAUAUGAUAAUGUCAGUGGUGAUAACACAGGAGGUGAAGCCAGUCCGGCAACUACGUCAAUUUUGCCACCAGCCACAACUGUCGUACCCUCUUCACCUCUUCCUUCAAAGAAGUCAGAGGCUAUGGACUUGAAGUAUGGUGGAGGUAGCUCUGUAGCAUUGAUAAUGGGAUUUGUUUUUGUCCUGUUGAUGGGUUGA